AUGCAGCUGCCGUGCCGGAGCUGGGCGCUGGCGCUGCUCACCCUGCUCGUGGGCUUCCUCAUCUUCGUGGACAUCUCGGAGCUCGAGGAGGAGGAGAGCGGGAAUUCUGGAGGCAGAGGUACAAUCAGAUCAGCUGUGAACAGCUUACAUAGCAAAUCUAAUAGAGCUGAAGUAGUAAUAAAUGGCUCUUCAUCUCCAGCUGUUGUUGACAGAAGUAAUGAAAGCAUUAAGCACAUUAAACCAGCUUCAUUCAGAUGGAGACACAACCAGACACUCUCUUUGAAGAUCAGGAAACAGAUCUUGAAGUUCCUGGAUGCGGAGAAGGACAUCUCGGUGCUGAAGGGGACCCUGAAGCCCGGGGACGUCAUCCACUACGUCUUUGACAGGGACAGCACCAUGAACGUCUCCCAGAACCUCUAUGAGCUGCUGCCAAGGACCUCACCCCUGAAGGGCAAGCGCUUCCGGACCUGCGCCAUCGUGGGCAACUCGGGAAUCCUGCUGAACAGCGGCUGCGGGAGAGAGAUCGAUGCUCACAGCUUCGUGAUCAGGUGUAAUCUGGCCCCUGUUCAGGACUAUGCCUGGGACGUGGGGAUGAAGACAGACCUUGUGACUAUGAAUCCUUCUGUCAUCCAGCGUGCCUUCGAGGACCUGGUGAACGAGACCUGGCGGGAGAAGCUGCUGCAGCGCCUCCACAGUCUCAACGGCAGCAUCCUCUGGAUCCCCGCAUUCAUGGCCAAAGGGGGCAAGGAGCGCGUGGAGUGGGUCAACGAGCUCAUCCUCAAGCACCGCAUCAACGUCCGCACCGCCUACCCCUCGCUGCGCCUGCUGCACGCCGUCCGAGGGUACUGGCUAACAAACAAAGUGCACAUAAAACGACCAACCACUGGCCUGCUCAUGUACACCCUGGCCACGCGCUUCUGCAACAGGAUCUAUCUCUAUGGCUUCUGGCCUUUUCCCCGGGAUCAGAACCAGAACCCCGUCAAAUACCACUACUAUGACAGCCUGAAGUACGGCUACACCUCCCAGGCCAGCCCUCACACCAUGCCCUUGGAGUUCAAAGCCCUAAAAACGCUGCACCAGCAAGGAGCCUUGAAACUGACUGUCGGAGAGUGCGGUGGGGCCACGUAA